UUGAUUGAUUAAGUCAGUCAUGCUCGCUGUGCCGAGGAAGUUUGGUUCUUUUGUGCUUCCAGGUAUUAGUGUCGGUCUGAAAGCUUUGAGAAACUUGAAAACGUCAGCUUUUCUAGCCAUGCCUAUUAAGGUUGGUGACAAGCUUCCAUCAGUGGAGGUGAUGGAGGGCACACCUAAAGACAAGGUGAACAUUGCCAAACUUUUUGAAGGAAAGAAAGGCAUUUUAUUUGCUGUUCCAGGUGCAUUUACACCAGGGUGCUCCAAGACUCAUCUACCAGGGUACAUAGCAGACCAUAGCAAAUUAACAGGCAAAGGAGUGGAAGUCAUAGCUUGUGUUGCUGUUAAUGAUCCCUUUGUGAUGGCUGCAUGGGGAGAGGCACAUGGAGCUGCUGGAAAAGUGCACAUGCUUGCUGAUACAAAUUGUGCGUUUACUAAAGCUGUAGACAUGGAACUUGAUGCAACUCCAUUUCUUGGCAACACUAGAUCAAAAAGGUAUUCAAUGGUGAUAGAGGAUGGCACAGUAAAGCAUGUCAACAUUGAACCUGAUGGUACUGGACUGACAUGCAGUCUUGCUAAUAAUAUUCUUAGCCAGCUUUGAAAAUGUGUGCAAAGUAUUGGCCUCUAGGUGUGAAGUGAAUAAAAUGCUAAUUGGGUUUUCA